CUCCAUUCUCGUUCCAACUUUAAUAUCCUUAUCUCUAUACAGAGGGACUGGAUGCUGCAGAUGCUUGAAUUCUGAUGGCAGAAAUGGUUAGUAAUGCGAUUUUCCAGGAGACAGUUAGCCAAAUCCUAUCCGGUCUUGUUCAAAAAUAUGAGGAGAAAGAGGAAUCAAAUGCGAACAGAUACUUGGAGAGGCUAGAGAUGGCUCACAUCAGGCUGGAGGCUGCUCUUGAGACAUCUGAAAAGUGGCAGAUCACAGAUGCAUCCUUACUGUGCUGGCGUAGGAAGCUGAAGCGUGCAUCUCAAGAGUGCGAUGACACACUUCACAAAUGCAAGCAGAGAAUCCUAGAAGACGAACAAAUGAAUCGGGAGGUAAAGAAUUCCUCCCUUCCUAACCGUAUUGUGCAUGCUACAAAGUCAUUUGUUUUCUCUGUUCUGAACCGCGACAACAAUGAGUUGAUUACAUCCACUGCUCAAAGAUUUGAGUGGUAUGCAGAUGGUGCUAGUGAGUUUCUGAGAUUUAUAGAGCUUGGUGGCACACCACGCUGUCACAUGCCCUUUGACUCCUUUAUCAAGAACCUUUUUGCGGGCAAGGAACUACAUCAUAAAAUCGUUCGGGGAAACAAGUAUCCCUCCUUUCAGUUAUGGUUGGUGCCGAUCCGUACUUCAGAGUAUGGAACCACCGUUAGCUUGACAUUUGUCCAGUAUGAUGGUACACCAGAGGGUAAUAUCUUCUUUGGUUUGGUUGUUCAACUCUCAGAGAGUACAGAUAUAUUUGGGAUCGCAAUUAAGUGCUUGCAGUUUUUUGCCCCUCAUUUCAAUUGUACAUUUGAAAAUAUUAGGAAUGAACUUUCUCAACUGCCUGCUCAAGACUUCUCAUGGGGGCCAUCUUUUUAUUCAUUACAUAAAAAACAUUGGGACAAUUUAAACAGCUUCACGUCUCAAUGGGCCCGGCCAAACCCAUUUUGUUGCAAGCAGCAUGGUCAGCAUGAGGUUCGACGUUUUAGCAACCUAGAUAUGGCAGGAUUAUCAGAAGUUUGGCUAGAACCAGUAAUUAGUUUUACCUUGCAUUGUCAAGUCUCAAUGUCUAUUUACAGCAAGCAGAAGACUUCACUGUCUGAAGAUAUAAUUUCUAUGCCAGAUUAUCCAUAUCUGAAAGCAGGAAUCUUCUUUGCGCCCCAUGGCUCUUUAGAGGACAUGCUACCAGCGGAUAGGAGUUCUGAAAUAGCGGCGAUAGUCCACAAGGAGCAACAUUGCUUGCAUACAGACAUUACCCUGGAACAGCUGCAAGAGAUUAUGCUGCCAAAGGCAAUAGAUUACUUCCACCAGAAUGCCGAAGUGAUGGUUUACCAAAUGAUUUGGAAGUCUAAACAUGGGCUUGCACAUAUUCAGGUUGAGAAGCCAUGCAUGAGCAUACGGAGAUCAAGCAUGAGAACACAGAGAACUUUUGGGGUAGCUAGUAAGAGAAAGCAAUUGCCAGGGCAUGACGAGGAGCUUAUUAGGAAUCGGAUACGUGGCUGUCACUUUCUUAACUUAUGGGUUACACAUGUGCCUAUCCAAUUGCAAAGAUCGCUCAAGAACUGGGUGCGGAAAGAAAAGGAAAUUCUAUCAGCAGCACCGCAGCUACGCCUGAAAUUUUAAAUAAUGUAAUUUGGAUGCACACGGGAAACAAGAUACUAAAGGACUCCAAAUAGAAUGGUAUAGGGAAGGUAUCAAACAUUAGAGUUAAUAUUCACAACCUAGGAUAAAAUCUGUCAGAAAUAUAGAUAUCCUCAGAGCUAGAAUUCAGGUUAAAUGCUCCAAAUACAAUGGCAAGAGGAGGAAAGCUGCAUCAUGAAGGUCUUAAAGCAACAUCGCAAUAGUUAGGAAGUAGUGAAGUACUAUGCUCUACCUUUUUUUCUACAAUACAUGAGAGAGUUGUGUGUCAUUUCAUUAAUAAAGAAUAAGAGCAUAGAUGAAAACAA